AUGGAUAAGUCUUGGAUUGGAAUGCCAAGAAACACAUCGGAGUAUUUGCUUGGUUUGAAUCAAUUUCUAGAUUUUGCAUUUAACAAUGGAGCUAUAGGAGAUAAAAUUAAAUGUCCAUGUCCUAAAUGUGGUUUUGGAAAGUGGCAAACUAGAAAUAUAGUGUUUGACCAUUUGAUCAACAAGCCGUUCCCAAAGAAUUAUGUCACUUGGGUUAUGCAUGGAGAAAUGAAUGUGUUUCCUAAUUCGAGAAACAUAGAGACCACUCAGGCUACACCACCCAUUGAAAAUCCAAUAGAAUUAUUGGUUAAUGAAGCAUUCGGGGGCUUAAGGCAUGAGGGUGUUGAUGUAGGUCCAUCACCGGUAGUGGAAGAAGAAGAAACAUUACAUGAUACGCCUGCUUUAAAUAAGAAAAAUUUAUUUGAGUUGCUUAAAGAUGGAAGUCAAGAAUUGUAUGAAGGCUCCAAGUACUCAAAGUUGGAAUUUUUGUUAAAGCUUUAUCACAUUAAGUGUUUGUCUGGAUUAAGUGAUAAGGGAAUGACUAUGAUCCUAGAUCUACUUCGGGAUGCAUUUAAAUUUGCAAAGAUCCCUGAUUCUUUUUAUGAGGCCAAGAAAACCAUAAAUAAGUUGAGUCUUGAUUAUAUCAAAAUAGAUGCUUGUCCAAAUGAUUGCAUGUUGUAUUGGGAAGAUGAUGUUAACGCCGAGACAUGUAAGUAUUGUCACACUUCUAGAUGGAAGCCAGAGAAGAAGAGCAAUACAGAUCAUACACCGACCACAAGUAAGAAGAAAAAGAAGAAGCAAAAGAAGAACCCUGCAAAAAUUUUGCGAUACUUUCCCUUAAAACCAAGAUUGCAAAGAUUGUUCAUGUGUUCUAAAAUUGCAGAGCAUAUGAGAUGGCAUGCAAAGGAUGAUAAAAAAGAUGGAACCCUACGACAUCCUAGAGAUGGUGAGGCAUGGAAGAAGUUUGAUACAACUUUUCCUGAAUUUUCUUCUGAUCCUCGAAAUGUCCGAUUAGGCCUAGCUAGUGAUGGUUUCAAUCCUUUUGGGACAAUGAGUACUAGUCAUAGCAUUUGGCCUGUUAUUUUGGUUCCAUACAACCUUCCUCCAUGGUUGUGUAUGAAACAACCAAAUUUUAUCCUCUCAAUGAUUAUUCCAGGUCCACGUGCACCAGGAAAUAAUAUAGAUGUAUACCUCCAACCCCUUAUUAAGGAGUUGAAAGAGUUGUGGAGUGAUGGUGUUGACACUUUUGACUCAUCAAAGAAUGAAAUGUUUAGAAUGCGAGCGGCUCUUAUGUGGACAGUUAGUGACUUUCCUGGACUUGAUAGCUUAUCUGGUUGGAACAUACAUACUGGUCUUGCAUGUCCCUCGUGUAAUUUUGACGCAGAACCUUGUCGACUUCCUCAUAGUAGAAAGUGGUGUUUUAUUGGCCAUCGUCGAUUUUUGUCUAGAAAUCACAAAUUUAGAAUGAUGAGGCAUCGUUUUGAUGGAACCGUGGAAGAGAGGACCCCUCCAAAGAAGUUAUCAGGAUCAGAUAUUUUUCAACAAGUGAGAGAUAUCAAUGUCACAUUUGGAAGACCAGCAGAGUUGAAUCGUAAAAGAAAACGAAACAAGCAAAGAAAUGAUGAUGAAGGUGGAACUCAACAAUGGAGAAAAAAAAGCAUCUUCUUUGAUCUUCCAUAUUGGGAGUCUAAUUUGUUGCGCCACAAUUUAGAUGUUAUGCAUAUUGAAAAGAAUGUGUUUGACAACAUCAUAUAUACCUUGCUAAAUGAUAAAGAAAAAUCAAAGGAUCAUAUUAAGGCUCGAAAAGAUCUACAAGACAUGGGUAUAUGGCGCGAUCUAUGGCCGGAUGAGAAUGGUGAAUGUCGGCUUGGUGCAUUUACAAUUCCAAAGAAGAAGAAAUUGGCCUUCCUCAAGACUUUAAAGAAUAUCUUAGUGCCAGAUGGUUAUGCAAUUGUUACCGAUAGCAAUUCGCAAUGUUCUUCCAAAUCAGGUCGUUGCAACUCUGGUAGAGUUUUCUUCCUUUUUUAG